GCGACGCUGCUGUUCGCCGCACUCCUUUCCUUUUCUCUUGACUGCUCCUAGACGUGCCUGCUCUCCGUGGCGGCACAUUUGUCAUAGACCUCUAGACUUAGAUUACGUCGCGUCCAACAUGUGGCCCCUCCCGUUGCCUCGCGUAUUUUCGCCUGUCCGCUGUGAUGAGGGUUCGGUACCGUCUAAAUCAGAGUCCUCUAGUCGCGGCGCGUUUUCGACUCUCAAGCAGGCCGUACAUGCUCCGGAGUCUGAACUAAAGCGGUGGCGUAGGACGUUCGAUACACACGCAAAGGUCACUGUUGGCGACCAGAAAUUUUUAGAUGUAGAUUCAUUCGUAGACGCUAUUGCUCCCGCGAAAGACCUCUCGAAGCUGGGCCGGGCACAGUUUGCCACACUCUUCAAAGUUGCAGACUCCCAAAAGCGCGGUUUGAUCUCGUGGGACGACUUUACUAUCUUUCAGACUAUUUUGAAAAGACCGGAUGCGGAUUAUUGGAUUGCUUUUAAAUAUUUUGACGUAGAUUCGUCUGGCACAAUCACAUUUGAGGAAUUCAAGAACGUAUUUUCCCAAAAUCUUGGGCCGGACAGUAUACCGUUUGACUUUGAUUGUGAUUGGGUCAAAUUAUACCUGGGGAAGAAAAAUGGGGCUCAUGUCCUUGGCUACUCCGAAUUUACCCAGCUUAUGAAGGGCUUGCAAGGCGAACGCUUGCGCCAAGCUUUCAAAUACCUUGAUGGAAAUCAGGACGGGUUCAUUACACCCGAGCAGUUCAAGCGCAUCAUCAUGGAAUUGGCAGGGCACAAGUUAUCUGACGCUGUAAUUGAGCGUUUACCAACAUUGUGUACUUUAUCUCCUGGUGGCAAGAUAUCCUAUUCGGAAGUCAUUGCUUUUCACAAUGUUAUCAGGGAGAUGGAUAUGGUAGAACGCGUAAUCCGGGAAGCGACCCGCAAAUCGAAAGAUGGGCGGAUAGAUCAGAGUGACUUCCUGAACUACACUGCCUCGACGACCCGUUAUAGCUUGUUCACUCCAAUGGAGGCAUCAAUCAUCUUCCAUUUUGCUGGUCGAGGUAAUGGAGGGCAACGCCUUGCUCUGAUCGACUUUGCCCAACUUCUGGAUCCAAAAUGGCGACCACCCAGGGAACUAGGAGAGGCCAAGAAAAAGGUCUCGACAUCCGUACUGAAUCAGGUAGCACAAUCGGUGUACAAUUUCGUUCAAGGAGGUAUUGCCGGUGCUCUCGGAGCGACUAUAGUGUAUCCUAUUGACCUUGUGAAGACGCGAAUGCAGAAUCAACGUGGCAACGUUGUUGGUGAACUGUUGUACAAAAACAGCUUUGAUUGUGUCCAGAAAGUUCUUCGAAACGAAGGCCUUCUUGGAUUUUAUCGAGGACUGGGUCCCCAACUUAUCGGUGUUGCACCUGAGAAGGCUAUCAAGCUAACCGUCAACGAUUUGAUUCGGGGUCUGACAACGGAUCCUGAGACGGGUCGCAUUAAGCUCGGCUGGGAGUUGGUGGCUGGUGGAACCGCUGGUGGUAGCCAAGUCAUUUUUACAAAUCCACUGGAGAUUGUAAAAAUCCGGUUACAAGUAGCAGGUGAAGCUGCCAAAGCAGAAGGCGCUGUUCCUCGUGGCGCUUUGCACAUUGUUCGCCAGCUGGGUCUCGUAGGGCUUUAUAAGGGUGCAUCUGCAUGCCUUCUGCGAGACAUUCCCUUCUCGGCCAUCUACUUCACAGCGUAUAACCACAUGAAGAAGGAUGUCUACCAGGAAGGCUAUAACGGCAAGAAACUAGGCUUCUUUGAGACACUGAUUUCUGCCGGUGUAGCAGGAAUGCCAGCGGCAUAUCUGACGACGCCAGCAGACGUUGUCAAGACGAGACUUCAGGUGGAGGCGCGAAAGGGUCAAACCCAUUAUAAGGGCUUGGCAGAUGCGUUCGUCAAGAUCUACCGAGAAGAGGGCUUCAAGGCACUGUUUAAGGGUGGUCCAGCACGUGUGUUGCGUAGCAGCCCGCAGUUUGGUUUCACACUGGUCGCAUAUGAAUAUCUGCACAAGUAUCUACCGUAUCCGUGGGAAGAACGCCCCAAACAAGUGGAGACGGCAUUUACGUCUGGGCCGGAGGACCUGGCGAAGGUGCGGGCGAGGAAUGCGCUCAAGAUUCUGCUGGAUGUUCAUGGGGAUGUUGGUCGGCGGUCACCCGCGUAGAUGAUCUUCUUGGCGUAGCAUUGGAUUUGAAUGGAUGUAUUGAUUCAUAUU